CUCCGUUGUGGCAAAAUUUCAGUUUACCACUAGCCAAAGGCCAAAGCCACCAACCGAAGUCUGUGCCACCGCCGCCGCUGCGAUGGAAACCGCCGCGCCGCCGCGCGUCCAGGCCCUCGCCGAGACCGGCGUGUCCCGCCUCCCGGCGCAGUACAUCCAGCCGCCCGAGCACCGCCCGGCCCACCCGUCGUCCUCCCCCGUUCCCGCCGCGCUCUCCAUCCCGGUCGUCGACCUCUCGUCCCCCAACGCGGCCGACGCCGUCCGCGCCGCGUGCGCGGACUGGGGCGCCUUCCACGUGGUCGGGCACGGCGUGCCGGGGGAGCUCCUCGACGCGGUGCGCGGAGCUGGGCUCGCCUUCUUCCGCGCGCCCAUGGAGGACAAGCUCCGGUUCGCGUGCGACCCGGCCAGGGGCGCCGCCGCGGAAGGAUACGGCAGCCGCAUGCUCGCCAACGACGACUCCGUGCUCGACUGGCGCGACUACUUCGACCACCACACGCUCCCGGAGUCCCGCCGUGAUCCCGCCCACUGGCCCGAUUUCGUCCCCGGAUACAGGGAUACUAUUGUGAAAUACAGCAAUAGCAUGAAAGAUCUUGCUCAAAGAUUGCUGCGUAUCAUCUCUGGAAAUCUGAAUCUGCCACCAUCUUAUAUAGAAGAGGUGGUUGGAGAAGUUUAUCAGAAUAUCACCAUUAGCUAUUAUUCUCCUUGUCCACAACCAGAUCUUGCUCUUGGAUUGCAAUCUCAUUCUGAUAUGGGUGCAAUAACGCUUCUGAUACAAGAUGAUGUGGGUGGCCUCGAGGUAUUGAAGGAUGGAAUGUGGAUACCUGUGGCUCCUUUGCCUGAUGGUAUCCUUGUCAUUUUGGCUGACCAGACAGAGAUCAUCACCAAUGGAAGAUACAAGAGCUCUGUUCAUCGAGCUGUUGUCAAUGCUGAACGUGCACGCUUGUCCGUGGCGACAUUCUAUGACCCAUCAAAGUCAAGGAAAAUAUGCACUGCCCCACAGCUUGUGAGCAAGGAUGAGCCACAAAAGUAUCGGGAUGUAAUCUAUGGUGACUAUGUCUCAUCUUGGUAUAGCAAAGGUCCAGAGGGCAAGCGCAACAUUGACGCCCUCCUGAUUCAGCCGUAGAGUUAGAGGUGCCUGGUUCUUUGAAAAAAAAUAGUUAGAGGCGCCUAAAAACAUGAUACAACAUACAAGCCGUUCGGGUGUGUCCCAAUACAUGUCCAACAAAGCAGUUACCAAUCUUGAUCAAUAAAGAUAGGGAAUACAACUUGUAUGAUGUAUAUGGUGCAAUAAAGUACUUUAUCAUUGCCAAUAUUUGUUAA